CAAAUAUGUUUAGGCCACAAGGAGCAGUUGUUUGGUUUCCCUUCUUUUUCCUGGUCUGGAAUGCAGCUCAGUUUCUUGAAUUUACAAGUGCAGAUAUCGCUGUGAUGAAACUCUCUGUCUCCGUUAAGGAGUGGGAUGAACUGAUUGGAAAGAAUGAUAAAAGAGAAUCCCUAGACGUUUUGGAUAGAUAUUGUGCAAAUGUUGUGAAUGUGGUGAAGGAAUUGGAGCCAAAACUGAAUUCCGUUACUCUGUCAUGUGACAUCCAUCCAUUACAAAAGCCAGAGAAUAUUCUUGCCAAAACCAUCAAUGUUCAACUUGCCGUGUUAACGAGUGAAAUGGAAAAAGUAUAUUCAUCAGAAACGUGGUUUCCAUCGUUACAGAAUGCACUUGAAUCGGGUACUGUGAAUGUGGAUAGCACGUGGAUAACUAAAAUCGUUUCAGUGAGUGAAACCCACCUGUUCAACGAAUAUUUUGGGACGUACGUAGUCGCUGAUAGGUGCGCUGAUCUGAAGAACAUUAUGUCGAGGAGAUAUCCCGGGUUUGGAGAAUUAAUGGAGAACUGUCUCUUCGAUAUGCAUGAAGGGUUUAUAAGUAUGAGUAUGAAAUACGGAGAACUAAUGAAGAAUGGAUAUUGCUGUUUCAAAUAUAACAUAUACAGAAGAAUAUACUGGUCUAUUGAUGAAUUAAUGCAAGCGAAUAAAUAUGAUAUCGCUGUGAUGAAACUCUCUGUCUCCGUUAAGGAGUGGGAUGAACUGAUUGGAAAGAAUGAUAAAAGAGAAUCCCUAGACGUUUUGGAUAGAUAUUGUGCAAAUGUUGUGAAUGUGGUGAAGGAAUUGGAGCCAAAACUGAAUUCCGUUACUCUGUCAUGUGACAUCCAUCCAUUACAAAAGCCAGAGAAUAUUCAUGACGAAACCAUCAAUGUUCAACUUGCCGUGUUAACGAGUGAAAUGGAAAAAGUAUAUUCAUCAGAAACGUGGUUUCCAUCGUUACAGAAUGCACUUGAAUCGGGUACUGUGAAUGUGGAUAGCACGUGGAUAACUAAUCACUCGUUUUCUAAUCUCAUCAACACCACUACCAUCAUCAGAUAACAAUAACAGUAUUGUACACUGAAACAUACUGAUGCAAUUUAGUAUGUGGUGAACGUAACAAUAUUCUUGAAUAACAUUUUCUAAUUCUAACACACAAUACAUAAUAUAUGGUAAUUAACGCA